AUGCAUUUUGAUCUCUUCGGAAGUGGCGUAGACGAGAACGAAAUUGUGCAGGAAACCGAGGCGCCCAGAGAUGAAGAGAAAAUGAUGAACGAGAUGGAAAGACUAACCAUCGAGGAACCUGUCAGAGACAUUCCUCUACAACCAGUACCUGAGCCGACUUUCAGCAUCAAGCAGAAACCAACUGAGCACAAUCCACGGCUUCGAGGAAGGCGGAAACUAAUCUCACAGAAGAAGAUGGCUACACUCACACCAGAAAAACUUCAGGCGCUCGAUCCACUGCUCAAGAUCGUCCAACAGCAUGGCGUCAAAGACUUUCAAGAAUUUGGCCGAAGCAUCGGAAAGAAAUACCUGUGCACCAAGCUCGGAGAAGGAUCAUACGCCGACGUCUAUGAACUGCAAGCCAAGGACUCGAACGAAGCACAGGAACUGGAAAAACGUGGCGGCCUCAUCAUCAAAGUGAUUCCGUUUCGAGUGGAAAGCACAAGCAAAGACGACAUCGCAGACCUUGAUGCGAUAACUCGGGAGAUCCAACUUUUUCAAACGGUCGACGCUUUGCAUGGCUUCGUUCGGUGCCGGGGUAUUCACAUCGUCAGUGGCGCAUACCCAGACGUUCUCCUUGAGGCAUUCUCCACAUUCAAAUUGACACAUACUGCGGAAAGUGCGCAGAACCUUGACCCAUCCGUCACUGCUUUCAGAAACAAACCACUUUACGCUAUUCUUGAGAUGAAUCAUGCAGGUACACCCCUGGGCAGGUUGGGACGCGCUAGACCAGCAUCAGCAUUCCAAGUCUUCGACGUCUUCUGGAAAACCGCCAUCAGUCUCGCUCACGCAGAAAGAGAAGUCCGAUUCGAACAUCGUGAUCUGCACAACGGCAAUAUUUGCUGGAAGUCACUUAGCGGAGACGGUCAGAUUGACGUGAAGCAAGACAUGAUUGAAGAAAUGAAGGAGAAGCCCGAGGUGAUUCUCGGUCUCUCAAAUUUAGAAGUCACCAUCAUCGACUACACGCUGUCGCGAGCGACCGUCGGCGGUAUCACAAUCUUUGACCCCAUGAAAUACUGGGACCAUGGUUACGAGGAAGCGGACGGGGAUAGUGAAGGUGACAAGCGGCAGUUCAGGACGUACGCCGCGGUAAGGGACUUGGUGAUGAAGGCCGAAGCCGAAGCGAUGGCGCUUGCGCAGUUGGAGGGGGCCGAGUACAAGGCCAUCAACAAGUACGAACUCUUCGUUCCGAAGUCGAACGUCUUGUGGCUGAGGUACGUCCUGGCCGACCUCUUGGCGAGGAGUGGUGGUGGCAGUGGCGGCGGGAGGAAUGCCUACGUGCCCGGCAGCAGCAAGGCAGCGAAGAAGCUGCAGUUGGAAAUGUGGAAGGGGCUGGAGGAAGUGGAGGCCUAUCUCAAAGGCACAGCGGCGACGUUGUUGCCAGAGAGUGCCGAUGACCUCAUCGGUAUGGCGGUGGAGAAGGGGUGGCUGGCGGAGGGGGAUGUCGCUGCCUUCAAGGCGCAGACGGAGCAGUAG